AUGGCAGCAGGGCAAAACGAUAGCUGUAGUGGCGGGGAACCAACCUGCUCUCACGCGGAGACUGGCGAAGGCGCAGGUCGACAGGCAGAAGGCGUUCCGCCGCCGCCUCUCGCUCCCCAUGCGGCAACCACGGCGCCAGCCACGACAGCAGCUCCAACGGCCACGUCAGUAGCAGUAACAGCGGUGGCACCAGCAGCGACAUCGGCAGCAGGGGGAGCGUUAGAGCCGCGUUCGUCGUCUUCACUAGCAUUAGAGGUUAACGAGAUGAGCCUUUCGUUUGAAUCACGUGUGCUGGACGCCAGCGGGGUGUCUGGGCGGCAUCAGGUGUCGUGUACGCUCGUGACUGGCUUCCUGGGAUGCGGCAAGACCACUCUGCUGCAGCACGUGCUGAGGGAGAAGGGUGAUCUGCGAGUGGCCGUGCUGGUGAACGAAUUCAGUCCUGUUGACGUGGACUCCCUGCUGCUCCAAUCACAGCGCGCCAACGUGGCAGUUGGGGCGCCCCCUGGUCAUGGGGAUCUGGCAGGGGGCUGCGCAUGUUGCCACGUCAGUGACGGGCUCAAGAAGGCUGUGCGAGCAGCGGUUGGUGGCGCCAUGUCAGCAUGCGACUACCUCAUCUUGGAGACCUCGGGCCUACCGGACCCUCAACCACUAGCCGCCCAGCUGAUGGAAGCCGGUUCCGCCCUUUUGUUCCUCCAGACCUCGGGCCUAGCGGACCCUCAACCAAUCGCCGCCCAGCUGAUGGAAGCAGGGGUGAGGCUCGAUAGAGUGGUGGCUGUGGUGGAGGCUGAGACGCUGCCGACCCUCCUCGAACAGCAGCCAAUAGCGCGGCGACAGCUGGCAGCGGCCGACCUGGUGUUGCUGAAUAAGUGA